GUGCCACAGCAAAGCUUCUCGCAGUCGGACGCAACACAAAUUCCAACAUGAAUUCCAUUCCGGUCCUGUUCCUGGUGAUCCUCGGCGCCAGCCUGACCUGGUCACUGCCCAUGAACCCCGAUCAGGAUCAGAAAGAUCUAAAGCCAGUGGGUCAGCAGUUUAACCAGAUGGCCAAUAGCGAUGCCGAGUCUGAGUUCAUUGAGCGAAUUCCGCCCAAGGGUCAGAACAGUUCGGAGGAGGAGAAGGCCCAAUACGAUGUGGUCACACUGCUGGACAUGUUGGAGACCGCAGGAGUGAGGUCAGCCGAUAAACGGGAACUGCACUCGUUGAACUACGGUGAACUGAUCAGGUUACUGGCCCUCUGGAAGAUGUCCCAGGAUCGUAACGUUUACGUGGCCAAAGGACCCGAGGUGCAGCCCGAUCAGGCCAUCGAUACCGAUACUCGUUAAUUUUGAUUGCUCAAUGAAUCAGCUCGUUUAUUAAAGCCAAAGUUCAGUUUAUAUAUAAUGGUGACAAGAGGAAAAGGCUAGUACGCUCUUCGGAGAGCGAAGAUGGAGGAAACAACGACAACUAUAUGAUACUCUAAUAUGAUGGAUUCAAUUUGAUGCACCCUCAAAACGACAGAAUAAAUAACAAUGUAACUACAAAA